AUGAUGCAUUCACUCACCUCGCUCCUCCUCUCGACCCUCUUGGUGAUCAAGGGGUCUGGCGUGCAAGCGCAGCCGGCCUGCACCAGAGAUUUCCUCAAGACGGCAGCCGACAGCCUUCUCGCCGCGCAGACAGCCGGCAACCCUGCGCUGCUACAGCCGCUUUCUCCCUCAGCCGUCUACCACGAGAAUUUUCGCAAUGCUUCCCUCACGUCAGGCUCUUCCUUGACCCGUGCUACCAAGAUCGACUUCUCACGCCACAGCCUCGACACGACACAAUGCGCCACCUAUACCGAGAUUAUCUCGGCCACGGGCGCGCAGCCUUACGUGAUUGGCGUGCAGAUGUUUUUCACGUCAGCACAGAUCACAAAGGUUGAUCUCUUGUCCACCACCACGGGCGAUUGGCUUUUCAACGCAACCGGAACCCUGCGCUGGGCAUCCCGUGAGAAUUGGGGGACGAUUCCCGAGGCAGAUAGAGACUCGAGAGAGGUGAUCAAGGCCGCUGGGGAUGCGUACUGUGACAUCUUUCAUGACAAGUCUGUCGUUGUGCCGUGGGGCAGGCCUUGUGCUAGACUGGAGGGAGGCGCCUAUACAGGCAACGGUGGGCAAAAUGACAGGUGCGACGUGGGCAUCCCGAGCGGUGUGCAGCUGGUGGACCGGAGGUAUGUGAUUGACGAGACGGUAGGCGCCGUCUCCAUUUUCUUGAGCUUCAGCGGCAUACCGGACAGUCACGAGUUCCGAGUCGAGAAGGGAACGUUGAGAUUUGUACAUACGAUUACCGUGAUGAACACUGGCAGUGGAUCUGGAAAGGGGAAAGGGAAGCGGAAGCGGUUGGCUCGUGGUGACGCAUAG